CUUACUGGAGUUUUACAUGUCAUUCUGGUAUCGAUUAUCAGUUUAGGAGGAUUUGUGACGCUGUAUUUAAUGCAUUAUAGCUCGGCUCCAUCUCUGUUCUGCCCUCCCCUGCCUGCUUUCCCACCUCAGUACUCAGAGCGACCCCAAGGCCAGCACAACAGCUCCUUGGCUAAGACCCUACCAGACAAGCCCAUUAUGCUGUUGUGGUUCUGGCCUGAACACUUCAGGUUUGACUUAAGCGAUUGCGCCACUCUCUUCAACAUUGAUAGCUGUCUCCUGACUGAUGACAGGUCAAUGUACAACAAGGCAGACGGGGUGCUCAUCUUUCACAAAUCCAUCAAGCGAGAUUUAUCCAACUUGCCUCGAUCACCCCGGCCACCAUUCCAGAAGUGGAUCUGGUUCCAUGUUGAAUCCCCUACAAACACAAAUAGGCUAUCUGGUCUAGAGAACCUUUUUAAUUUGACCUUGAGUUACCGGCAGGACGCAGACAUCCCUAUUCGUUGGCGCUUGACCGCAAGGAAAGGCCAGGGGGAGGAUUUUGUGCUGCCCAAGAAGGAUAAAUUAGUUUGCUGGAUUGUGGGUAACAAUAACCCUGCCACUGGAUCAGGCCAAAGGUAUAACUAUUACAGAGAACUUGUCAAACACAUUAAGGUGGAAGUCUUUGGCAAGGCCUUUGGGCGUUUCAUGAACUAUGAGGACUACUACGAUACCAUCUCCAGCUGUAAGUUUUACCUUUCCUUUGAGAACUCAGUCCACAGAGACUACAUCACUGAGAAGCUAAACGGACCACUUGCAGCAGGAACUGUACCAGUAGUACUGGGCCCACCCAGACAAAACUAUGAGGACUUUGUCCCAGGAGAUUCCUUCAUCCAUGUUAACGACUUUUCAGAUGCGAAAGCCCUGGCAGAAUUCCUCCUGAAGUUGGACAAGGAUGAGGAGGCAUAUCUGCACUACUUUCAGUGGCGUGAACACUUCUCUGCUCAGCGCCAUCUAAUUCAACAGUAUCACGAGUUCACCCAAGCUAUUUGUUAUGCCUGUGACCAUGUGGGAACACAUAAGGAGUACAGAGUUGUUCACGAUCUUUACAAGUGGUAUUUUGGUUAA